GCGAUUGUGAAAGGCGGAGGGAUAAUAAAAUGGAAAGAGAACAUCGAAAACGACAAUUGGACAACCGGUAGUUCUCAUAAACUAUAACCAGUGAAACAUCCAAACGAUGAGUCACCAAUCUGAGAUAGAGAAAAUCAAAUACAGAAAUUGGGUGAGAGGUGUUUUGGCAUAUAAAUAUUUAAAAAAAGGACUGGAAGGUUUUGCUGAUGAUGUUGUUAAACAAGAACAUAAGAGAAUUCUUAGUGCUAUAUAUCAGAAAUCUAGUACCACUUGCAAACUGCGACCAAAACAUGAGUGCAGCACACAUUGUGCUGGUAAAAAUGAAUGCCUCUUGAGUAGAAUCAAAUGUACUUGUUUGUAUGCAAAGAAGGAAAAAUGUCGUUUUCAAGUUUGCGAACACAUUAUGAACGACAUAUUAGGAAGCCACGGAUCCACCUCGCCAACACCAAAUUGGGAAAAUACAGACAUACAAAAAUGGUGUACAGAACCUUGGGAGGUCGCCAAAUGUUUUAUAAAUGCACCUGGAUAUUUCUACAAGACAAAGGCAGAUAUGGACAUAUCUGGAUUACUCCAUGUCUUCAUUAACAACGCCAGUCUUCAUUCUCAUUUAGCAUGCUCCAUGGCUGAAAAAAAUAUAUUCAUCAAGGUACGAGGUAGAAGAAACAAAUUGUUUCAUUCAGCUAGUAUGGAAAUGGAAGGACGGGCACUUACUGAGUGUAUAGCUGAUAUCGUUAAAAUUCUUGAAGACCCAAAAGAACUGAAAGGAAGACCUGAUGCUCAACAAGCUGUCAGCAAACUUAAACAGUUGAAGGAAAGCAAAUUUAUUAUUACAACAAACAACGAGGUCGAUGCAUAUAAAGAAGCAAUAAGUUAUGUAAGCCAAAAAUCAGAAGAGCUAAAGCAGGUGAUUGAAGUUGGAAAAAAAGAAAUUCAAUUUGCCGUUGAUCAAGAUACAGCAAGAGCUAAAGAAAACAUACAAACAUGUCAAAAUGAUGCUAUAAAAGAAUUUGACAAACGCAGCGAAGUUAUAUAUGAAAGAGUCGAAAAACUGGAAUCAGACGUUUCUGUUUUGAAAUCAGAUGUCUCUUUUGUGAAGGAGCAAGUGAAGUCAUGGGAGGAGAAACUUGAGGAACUUAAAAAUGAACGUCACAUAUACGAGCGGCGUUUAGAUUACGUCGAAGAGAAAAAAGAGCUACAAGGUAAGCUAAUUGAAUAUUACCAGAGGCAUUGCGUGAAGACCUCGAUGUCUCCUUUGGCGCAAGAACAAGAUAGCAUCAAUAUUAAAGAUAUAUAUGUUCCGUCCGAGAUAAAAGUCAUUGCGGUAAACCAAUCUGCGCAAACUAGUAUGCCAGAGAAGAAAUAUCUACAGGGUUAUCAUGAAAUCUUUAAAACAAAGGAGCAACGAAAUAAGAAGAUUUAUGUUUUGGGUAAUGUCGGCACAGGAAAAAGUACUUUCUGCAAAAUGAUGAUUGAAAAUUGGUGUAAAUAUCAUAUGGUAAUUGAUGAGGCCAGAGAAUCAACUUGCCCUGAAAAUGAUCAUGAAAAGACAAACACUGAAUCAUUUGAUCCUUAUAUGGUCUACAAGCGUGAUGAUGACGUCUCUCAGAUGGAACAUUUUGAUUUUCUUUUUUUUAUACCAUUGCAGUUUAUGCUAGAUUAUAAAUCUGACGCAACUGUUGAUAUGAUUAAAGAACUUUUAAAACAUCUCACUUCUAAUGCGGAGUUGAUAGACAGAAUAUUUCAGGAAGACUCAGAGCGUUGUCUUAUCAUUGCUGAUAGCUUAGAUGAAUGGAAGCCUCAUAAAGAAAUUGUACGCAAACCUCAUGUAAGCUAUGGGAUACCAAACGGAGACCUGGCAAAAGAUGCAACAGUCAUAACAUUAUCUAGACCAUCUGCAAAAGGAAUACUUAAUUUAAAAAUCUCAGAAGUGGAUCUCAAGUUAGAACUUUUAGGCGUAUCUAGUGAAUCAUUGAAAUCAUUUAUCGAACGAUAUAUUUUUAAAGCAAAUGUUAUUGAAAAGUCUUAUUAUGAUUUCAUUGAAAUUAUGGAAAGAAAACGAAUUGAACACGUAGAACAAACACCAUUGCUUUUGCAACAACUGCUUUGGUUAUACACAAAUGGAAAAGACCUAGGUGAAUCCGUAAGCGAAACUUACUGUCUGGUUUUAAAUACCAUGUUAGGUUGGGCAGACCACAAAGAUACCAUGAUUGAUAGAAAUGAAAGUCAUAGUGAUGCAACUGAAUGCAUGAGUUUUCGUUUGCCUGAAAUGUUGCAAAAAUAUCCGAGGUUUGAAGGCAAAGAACGUGUUUUAUUUCUAUGUAGUCAAACUGCUUUUGAAGCUUUAACUUCAGGUUCAAUUCAUAACAUAUUUGGGCAACGAAAUCUUUUAAAGAUUGGAUUAUCAAAAGGUGACAUCACUGCGCUUACACAAGUUGGUAUCUUGAGUAAAAGCAAUCGCUUCGACAGAACAGAGGAAGAUACACAAUAUGGUUUUAUCCACAUGUCUUAUCUCGAGUUCUUUGCCGCUAUGUUUGUCUCAAUGUUUGAUAACAUGAAAGUAGAUGAUAAAAAACAGAAGAUUUUAGAUAAGUUUUUAUGUAAAUGUAAAUCUGCUAGUGACGUAUUACAGUUCUCUAAUAUGAUUAAAAUUGUUUGUGGUUUGUGCCCCGCUCUUAUCAGUGAUUUGUCACAACGGGUUUCAAGUAUUGUAAAUAAGGAUGAAGACAUUUCAAAUUCAAGAAGUAAGUAUUAUGAAAAUUGGGUUUUUACAAUGUCCAUGGACCACCAGUUACUAAGUAUACAAGACCUUAUGCUAAAUUGUCUCAAAGAAUGUGACCCUGAUGACAGUACUAUGAUCAGCAUAAGUGAUCUUCGCAUACAUAGGUGUUUACCUCUACAAAGAAUCAAGCCAGAUGAAGUGAUUUCUUUGCAGUGCAGUUUUCUUGGAAUACGUGAAGGAGACAACGACUCGGAUUACUUCAACGAUAUAAUAGAAUUUACCACACAAUUAAAACAAGUGCAGUACAUUUCUGUGUGUAUGGACAUGUACCACAAAUUUGUAUUUAAAUUUUCAUUUUCCGAAAAGGUAUUUUUAAGACAACUGACCCUACAAGCAGUGAAACGUUGUGAUAGAGAUCUCGAUCUCUCAAUGCAAAACCAUCUUCAGACACUUCUGCUAAACGAGUGUGAAUUAACGGUUUCUGGCCUCAACUUUGAACAGCUUAAACGAGUAGAAAUAUUACAUUCUCGGAUCGGAUCAGAUGUAAAUUGUCCAUUCAAAGCUGGCAGACUGACUGACCUUCACAUUAUAAACACUUGGUGUUCAUCUCAAUUUAUAGCCUCAUUGAUACAACAAGCACCAUUAAAAAUAUUGAUAUUAUCAAAAUGUGGAGAAUUGUACUCGUAUAAUGAUGUUACUGAUAUUGAUCUGUCUAGACACAAUCAUCUGAAAGAUCUUACACUAUCAAACAGUCCAGGUCUAGUAAUUACUGGAUUGAACACUGAACAACUUGAAAAAGUAUAUAUUGAUUAUAAGAUAUAUCAUACUGAUUUUUAUUUACAAUACGAAGAUGAUUCUGAAGAUGAAUACGAUUACAUUGAUUAUAGUAACUAUAAUAUACAUGCAUUAAAAUUUUAUCAUUUACAAUACGGGUGUCGUCUGAAGAAACUUUACCUGGAAAACCUAACUGUUGAUAAAACAUCAACUGAACAAUUAUUACGACAAGCACCAUUGCAAGAGCUGACUAUGAUACGGGUGUCUGGUGCUCAAUCUAUUGUUGAAGGUCAAAUCAGAGGUGUUUCUAACGAUCACUCUGUUGUUGAAGGUAAUAUGACAGAAGAGCAGUUUGUUGACCGUAUCAGAGCUGAAACUGAUGGUCCAUUUGCUGAUGAAUGUCAUGGGUCUGAUAAUGAAUCUGAUGAGAAUGGUCAUUUGACAGAUAAAUCUGAUGAUGAAUCUUAUGUUGAACAUUUUUUCAAGUUCCCGUUUCUUAAGUUGUCCGACUGUAAGAAUUUUAAAAUUUCUCACCUAAACACUGAAAAAUUAAAACUGGUUGAUAUAUCAAGUAGUCCAGGAAUAUUUGACUUAGACAAUUUAUUAAAUGCUGGCAGAUUGACUAACCUUUCCUUGAAAAAUAACCCAGACGGUGAAGAAUUUCAUUACAACAAAAAAGUUGAUAAAGUAGUGCACACAUUACAUCAGCUUAGGUGUCUCAUGUUACAGAAUGUAGAUAUAGAUGACAAUGCUUUAACUGUUACACCAGAUAUGACAAAUUUAGCAUUUAUUAAACUAAAAAAUACCAACAUGAGUUUGGAAACAUGGCGAACAUUCGUUGAAAGUCUUCUCACUCUUCAUAAGCCUGUUGAAGUCGAAGCGGUUAGUUUAAUAGAUUUAAUAGACAGUGCACGUAACUAUGUUCUAAUUAAUCCAAAGUUUAAAGUGAAGGAAACAACGCGUUGGACUUUUAAUUUUGAAACUGGAUCUAGGGUAUAA